CAGGAUCGAUACCGAAGUCUUUUGGUGAUCUGCAAUUUAUUGAGCCGCUAGAUUUGUCAUUCAACCAUUUUGAGGGUGAAGUCCCAGAAAAUGGUAUAUUCAGGAAUGCAACUGCUAUACAUAUUGAUGGAAAUAAGUGGUUUUGUGGUGGGCCAGAGCUGCUACACCUACCAGCACGUUCUAUUACACAUACAAGUGCUGCAACUAAGAAAAAAAGGAUUGAUAGUGCUAAAAGUAGUGAUCCCAUUAGCCAGCACGGUGUCGCUUGUUGCGGUCAUUGCAGUUCUCUCACUAUUUUACAAGAAAAGACAAAAGAGAAAAUUUAUGACCAUCCCUUCUUUUGGUAGGAGUUUUCCCAAGGUUUCCUAUAAUGUUCUUGCCAGAGCGACUGAUGGGUUCUCAGCAUCCAAUUUGAUUGGCAGUGGAAAAUAUAGUUUUGUAUACAAAGGUGAGUGUUUUCAAGAUGGAAAUGUGGUUGCUAUCAAAGUUUUCAGCCUAAACACAAGAGGGGCACAAAAGAGCUUCAUAGCAGAAUGCAAUGUUAUGAGAAAUUUGAGGCACCGCAAUCUAGUUCAUAUCCUUACUGCAUGCUCAAGUAUUGAUUCUGAAGGAAAUGAUUUCAAAGCUCUAAUAUACGAAUUCAUGCCAAGAGGGGACUUACACAAAGUGCUAUAUUCAAAUGGAGGUGAUGAAAACCCUUCAAAUUUAAACCACAUUAUGCUAGGUGAAAGAUUAAGCAUUGUCGUGGAUGUAGCAGAUGCACUGGAGUAUCUCCACCAUAAUAGCCAGGGGAGUAUGGUUCAUUGUGAUUUGAAGCCUAGCAACAUCCUUCUGGAUGAGAACAUGAUGGCUCAUGUUGGAGACUUUGGACUUGCAAGGUUCAAAGUUGACCCAACCGCAUCAUCUCUUGGUGAUUCAAACUCAACUUCUUCAAUUGCAAUAAAAGGAACCAUUGGAUAUGUUGCUCCUGAAUAUGCAGGGGGUGGCGAAGUAUCGAUGGCAACAAAUGUUUACAGCUUCGGAGUUGUUCUCCUCGAAAUAUUCAUUCGAAAGAGGCCAACGGAUGACAUGCUCAAGGACGGACUGAGUAUUGUAAGUUUAACAGAGAUGAACUUCCCUGAUAGGGUUUUGGAGAUUGUUGAUUCCCAGCUGCUACAAAAAUUGAUCCUUGGUCCAGAAACUCAAACAGCCGUCAAUGAAAAAAUUGUUCAGUGUCUGACUUCUAUGCUAAACAUUGGGCUGUAUUGCACAAAGACAUCCCCGAGUGAACGCAUCAGUAUGCAGGAGGUGGCUGCAAAGCUGCAUGGAAUCAAGAAUGCAUAUCUCAGGGGAAACUGAAGAAAAAUUUCAGUAAUUUUAGUAAAACCUGAAUAAGAUGCUGAAGAUUAUCAAUAAAACACACACAGAAACCGUUUCCGAUAUACGCAAGUGGUGGUUGUUUCAACUUUCAAGCUUUGUAAGAUAUUGUACUUCUCCUUGAUACGGAUAAUCAAGGUUCUGCAGUAUAUUAUUUAGUGUCAGUUGUCUAGUACAUACUGCUGAUAAAAGAAUAGACCUCAUAUGUGUUUGCGAAUUUGCAAUUACAAAUGGUAUUUGGCCCGGUGCUUA